AUGCCCCGUUCCGAAGAAGCAGAGUGGUGGGCAAAUGCCGUCUAUGCCGCGGUCCAGGAGAUACCUCAUGGCAAGGUCACUUCGUAUGGGCAUAUCGCGCUGCUCCUCGAUGAACCUCAACGUCCCCGGCAGGUAGGAGUAUGCCUUAAGUCCCUACCCAGUGCCGAAAGUGGUGCCCACUUCAACUCCAGUAACGUUCCAUGGCAACGAGUCAUCAACGCCAAGGGCAUGAUCUCUCACCGCGGCCCCGGUAGCGCAGAGCGCCAGGCAGAAGCCCUCAUCCAGGAAGGCGUCGAGGUGACCAGGGACAGCAUGGGGGAGAUUUACAUCGAUGUCUCGCAGUAUGGCUGGUUCCCGAGUCGAUUGCCUAGCGAGGAAGAGCAGGAUGACGACGAGGCAGCAGACGAGAAUGGGCAAUGA